UUUGGCACGCCCACUCUUGCUGGAGACUCUCUCCCAAGCUUUGGCUUGUCUCGUAAGAUCACUCGGGAAAAGACGACAAGCCGGGAGAGUUGGUGCACGUGACAGAGCCAGACCGCGAAGGACGAAACCAAGCGUUGUUUUCAACUAACUGCGCCGCUAUACACUGAGCAUGAUAUGGUGGGGUGGUGAACGGGUUAUCUGUUUUAUUCAAUACUCGGAAUGAGCACUGGAUCGGCAGACAUUUGCCUCAUGUGGUGCAUGGGGCCAUCGUUCUGUGCGUGCUCUUCAGCAGCCGGUCGGCUAUCUUCAAUGAAAUCAGUCUGAUAAGGACAAGCGCCCGGUUGCUGUCCCCACGCCUUUGAGCAACAAAAAUCGGCGUUGGAGCAUCCACAUGACUAGGCAUCAUUAGUUCGUGCACAAGGCAGGACAGCUCUAGCUGUCAACGGCUUUGAGGAGUGAAGCGCCGCCGCCCAGAGGCUUCCUUAGCCGCCGACUGAUGCAGCGAUGCGGCACCACUGGUUGUUCCUCGGGGCUUGCGGCUGGGUGCUGCUUAUCCUCGUAUUUGUCACCAAGUUUAUUAGCCACAGAGCUGUCGAUGAAUAUGAAGAGCGAGAUGGUGGUCAGAUACCGACUGUGUCGGGAAACACGACAGGGAAGUUUCAGACGCUCACCGGAGGAAAACCGGAUUCACAGAAACCAGAUCAGCAGAGGGAUCAGUCCUCAGCUGCCACUACCAUGUCAGAGUGGGACUCCAUUGUUGAAACGCGACUACAACUGCUCCUCGCUGUAUGUAAGAACAGCAGCCUAAGAAAUUUGACUCACAUCCCCAUCAGCAAGUUUGUCCUGGAUCGCAUCUUUGUCUGCGACAAGCACAACAUCUUGUUCUGCCAGACCCCCAAAGUGGGAAACACACAGUGGAAGAAGGUCCUAAUAGCGCUCAACGGAGCUUUUUCGGGCGUGGAAGAGAUCCCAGAGAACCUCGUCCACGACCAUGAGAAGAAUGGCCUGCCACGCCUCUCAUCACUGACGCCGCAGGAAAUUACACACAGGUUAAAAACUUAUUUUAAGUUUUUCAUCGUGAGAGAUCCAUUCGAACGUCUGAUCUCUGCCUUCAAUGACAAGUUUAUCAAGAACCCCCGCUUUGAGCCUUGGUACCGGCACGACAUCGCCCCCAUCAUAAUCCGCAAAUACCGCCGAAGCCAUCGCGACAGUGACCUGAGAGCGUCCGGCUUACACUUUGAGGAUUUUGUCCGUUACUUGGGCGAUGUCGAAGGCCGCCGCCGCCUGGAUCGUCAGUUCGGCGAACACGUCAUUCACUGGAUGACGUACGCAGAGUUAUGCGCACCGUGCGACAUCCACUACGAUGUCAUCGGCCACCAUGAGACGCUGGAGCGGGACGCCGCCCACAUCCUGCGGAGAGCGGGCAUCGAGGGGCUGGUGUCCUACCCGGCCAUCCCUCCUGGCAUCACACGCUACAACAAAACCAAGAUUGAGCGCCACUUCUCAGGAAUCAGCAAACGGGACAUCAGGCGCCUGUACGCACGCUACCAGGGGGACUUCCACUUAUUUGGAUACCCAACACCUGACUUUCUACUGAACUGACAUGACUGCGUGUCACACAGCUGACAUGGAUUGUCUCGAACAAAUACCAUGUCACUUAUUGAUCACAACAGUCACUCAAAUGCAACUGACCGUCGUUUAGUAGCACUGACAAGCUAGUUUCUGUACACUGUAUGAAUCGUAAGGUUUGAGCUGAUCAAUCAAAUUGAACUUUUCGACAUUUUUUUUUUGUACACGUGAAGAGAAUGUGGUUGAAUGGUAAUAAAGUGAAGAGGCAAAGAGCCUCAUAAUUACUGAAAUCCCGAUGCUUCCAGAUGAGCAAUAUUGCUCCGCUCCACAGUGGAGUCUUUGUUCUAGCGUUCUGAAUGGCAAAAGCUUACUUAUACCAUUCUUUUUAAAUGCUAGUCCCAAGGACCUGGUUUAGCAUUUGAAUGAUAAGAGGCGUAACAUGCAGUGUAGAAAUGAAGGAUAGAAACGUCCUUAAUACAGAUGGAAGUGGGUUUUGCUCUUUUCAAGAACAAUAAAACCACAAACA